UGAGGAGGAGGGGACAGAUCAGGGGUCAGCCGCUGGCUUGUACCUCAGGUCCAGCACUGGCCUGCGGAGCGAGCACCAGGACGGUGGGCAGGGAGAGGCCUAGGCGACGUCACCCACCUCCAUCUUCUGUCCAAGCCUGGCCACCCUGCCCUGACCCCAGCUCCCCAGGGGCCUGCAGUCUGGACCGAAUGAAGGUAGGGCCCACAGUAGAUUCCUUGCUUCUCUCCCCGCGAGAGGGGAGACCGAUCUGGGGAGACAGAGUCAGGGACCUGAGUGUGGCCAUCCAGUCGGCCUGGAGCAGGGGCUGUUUGCACAGGGUUUUGAAGGGUUAGUAGGAGUGCGGAAAGGACACCGAACAGGUGCAGUGGGCCUCAGUUUGUGCCUUGGCCCUUCUAUCAUAGCCAUUUGGUCAUGGCUGGGGGGGGGGGCAGGAAGAGUCGGAGAAAGGGGGAGGGAGAGGAAGGAAGCAUCCACUUUAACUUGAGUCUGGCCCCCGUCACAUGUUCUGUGGGGACGGUCAGCCCUCACUGUCACCAGACCCUGCGGUUUCCCUUUGUGCUGAGAGGGACCGGCCCCCCCCCAGUCCUCGGGGUUCCCUCCCGGAUCAGCUUGGUCACUCGAGUUGGCACCGCAUGCGGGGGCGGGGCGGCCAGAGUACAGGACUAUAAAGGCGGAGGCGGCGGCAGAAGGCUCAGCUCACAGCCACACCGAAGGCACAACCGACAUGGCCCUGCCCGCGCCCGAGGCCCAGCCUCCAGGCGGCUCGCAGCUGAGGUUCCUGCUGUUCCUGCUGCUGCUCCUGCUGCUGCUGUCAUGGCCAUCGCCCGGGGACGCCCUGGCACUGCCCGAACAGCGACGUUCCCACCCGGAGUCCCGACUCGACGCUCACGAGCUACGAGAUCGCUUCCAGGACCUGUUGAGCCGGCUGCACGCCAACCAGAGCCGCGAGGACUCGAACUCAGAACCCAACCCCGGCACGACUGUCCGGAUACUCACUCCAGAAGUACGACUGGGGCCGCGCGGCCACCUGCUGCUCCGCGUCCGCCGGGCGUCGCUGACCCAGGGUCUCCACGAAGCUUACCGCGUGCACCGAGCACUUCUCAUGCUGUCGCCCUCGUCGCGGGCUUGGGACGUCACCGCACCCCUGCAGCGCGCGCUCAGCCUCGGGGGACCCCACGGCCGCGCACUGCGCCUGCGCCUGGCGCUGCCCCCGGACCUGGCCGUGACGCCCUCUAGCGGCGCGCGCCUGGAACUGCACCUGCGGUCGGCCGCCGGCAGGGGGCGCCGCAGCGCACACGCGUUCCCCAGAGACUCCUGCCCGCUGGGUCCCGGGCGCUGCUGUCAUCUGCAGACUGUACAUGCGACCCUCGAGGACCUGGGCUGGAGCGACUGGGUGCUGUCCCCGCGCCAGCUGCAACUGAGCAUGUGCGUGGGAGAGUGUCCGCACCUCUACCGCUCGGCCAGCACGCACGCGCAGAUUAAAGCGCGCCUGCACGGCCUGCAGCCCGACCGGGUGCCUGCCCCCUGCUGCGUCCCCUCCAGCUACACCCCGGUGGUCCUCAUGCACCGGACGGACGGCGGCGUGUCACUGCAGACCUACGACGACCUGGUGGCCCGGGGCUGCCACUGCGCAUGAGCGCCGAGUGUGCCCCUCACCUGCACUCCCUACCCCUCCUGCUAUUUAUAUUUGUAUUUAUUAAUAUUAUUAAUUUAUUGGGGUCACACUGGGUGGGUGAAUGGAUUGUUUAUUUAUUUAAAACUCUUAAUAAACGUGAGACUGGUUUAUAUGGG